AUGAAGGCAGAGAAGAUACCUCGGAGCUCUUCUAGGGAGCCCCACGAAAGAACCAGAGAGCCUUCGGUUCCAAAUGGAAAGAAAGAAACAGUGGGACACAGGCAAAAGACUAGCAAAGAGAGGCAGAAAUCUACUCAGAGGAAAGCUAAGAAGGAGACCAGGAGCACUCUUGAAGGAGACAACCAAGUCCAUACUUCCACUGUGGUAGAUGUGGAUGAUGUGGUCUCAUUUGAGGAGGAAACAGAAGUGAUGGCCUUACUUGAAAGUGAGAAGCUAGAGGAAGGUAUAAAGUCUGCAGGCUUAGGAGUAUGUGAGUGGAUUCUUGUCCUCCUUUCUCUCCUUUUCAUCAUGGCCACAUUCCCCAUCUCCAUCUGGUUCUGCAUGAAGAUUGUACGGGAGUAUGAGAGAGCCAUUUUGUUUCGAUUUGGACGCAUUCUUCAGGGAAGGCCCAAAGGACCUGGCUUGUUCUUCCUCCUUCCCUGUCUGGACACCUACCACAAAAUAGACCUUCGCCUUAAAACCUUAGAGAUCCCUUUCUAUGAGGUCAUAACCAAGGACAUGGUGAGUCUAGAAAUAGAUACCAUCUGCUACUAUCGUAUGGAGAAUGCUACACUCCUUGUGACCACCCUGGCCAAUCUCCCUAAUGCAGUCCGGCUCCUAGUACAGACCAUUGCAAAGCGUUUUCUGGCGCAUCGCUCUCUCACAGACAUUCUGAUGGAAAGGAAGUGCAUCAGCCAGGAGAUAAAGGUGGCUGUGGAUGCCAUCACCUGUCAGUGGGGCAUCAAGGUGGAGCGCACAGAAAUCAAUGACAUAAAGCUGCCGGCCGAGCUUCGGGAAUCAUUGACCGUACAAGCAGAAGCCCAAAGACAAGCUGCAGUGAGAGUGAUAGCUGCUGAAGGAGAAAAGGUUGCUUCUGAAUCGCUGAAAAUGGCGGCUGAGAUACUGUCCCAGACACCGGCUGCAAUCCAACUCCGUUACCUUCACCUGCUGCAAAAUGUGACUGCCGAAAAACCUUCCACUUUUAUUUUACCAUUACCUUUAGAUGUUCUGAAUUUUGCAUCAGGAGUGAACCCAAAAUCCACAGUCUGCAGUCCGUCUUCAGAUACUCCCAACCACCCAGAAGCUCCAAAGACUAAGGAUUCCCCCAUGCUAUAA